AUGCUGGACCAGACUUAUGAAGCUUCGGCUCUCGACGGAUUCCACGGCUGCUACUUGCUCGUUUCUCUCAAUCCACAUUGCAACGGUCGAACUUAUGUGGGCUAUACUGUAAACCCCAAGAGAAGGAUUCAGCAACAUAAUUCCGGGUCUCAAUGCGGUGGGGCAAAAUCUACGGGCGGUAAAGGUCCCUGGGGUGUGCUGGCACGUCGCGCCGAUCCUAACUUGCAAGACUUGGUUGCCACCUCUUGCCUCCGCCGUCGUAGUGCUUGGAUGGCUGUGCGGGUUGGUGAAUUGCUCUGUAUCAAGCGGGUCUCACAGUCUCGCAGCAAACAACGAACUCGUGACAUUCCUGGAAUACACAAUCGAUGGAAGCAGAUCGAUCCGCCAUGGAGACCAGAGGAUGAUUACCUACUUAUUCACUCCCUCUUCGUGACCUGUAAUUUGGCUGAGGUUUGUGCCUGCGUCCGCUUCACACGAUCAUAUACUGAAUCAGAAGUUGAACAGAGGUGGCGUCUUCUUCUUUUUAAUCCAGCGGUUUCAAAAACAUCUCGUGAGGCUAUAUUUCACAUGCCUCAAGCUGUGAAGUGUCGUCUUGAUGCCCAGAUUCCCUUUUCUGGUGAAGAGGAUGCUCUUCUUAUGACAAUUUCCUACAAUGAGGUAUUCAAGAACGCGGAGAAAUAUUUCGUCUUUGAGAAGCUUCUAAAUGAACAUCCGCGUCUAAACAAGGCCUCGGAUGUCGGUGGUGAUCCUGAGAGCUUUUCGGACACCGAAUUUAUUAUUCAGGAGACAACUGCGAGAGUAAUGCAGGCAGGCUUGCCUCAUCUCAUGGAGUCCUCAAAUAUUGCGAGACGGAAACGGUUGCUUGCAUCGGCAGUCACUUAUCAUGGGUUUCAGGCCAGUGUGAGUCAGGCAGUGGCAGACUCUCUCGUGAAAUAUCAACGCUCCUACUCGUUUUGUGCAACGUCAUCUCUGGGUAGCGCAAAUCGAAUUCUCCCCCGCAGUCCCAGUUGGGCUGGAUUCAGAAGUGAGCCCAUUGCUGUUGAGCAGUCAGAUUUCUCAAAUUCUGCUCAGGACGAAUUCGUAUCUGAGGUUCAAUUGGAGCGUUACCGAGCGAGGAGACGCUUGCACGCGAAAAAGGCGCGCGUGGAAGAAGAGGCGCGUCGUUGGACAGCUUUGGUGGAGUCCAAGGUGGCCAAUGGAAUCGUUAUCUCAGAUCAUCAGCCUAUUUAUCCUACCCUGGCAACUCUCACGGGCAGGCGUUCACGCUUCCUUAUCAAGUGCAAAAAUGUAACGUUCGGUCGAGCUGUGCAAAAAUUUGCUCCAGACAUCGACUUAUCUCGAGAAGGCGAAGCGUCGCGUAUUUCUCGACACCACGGCAAAAUCAGUCUUGCUGAUAACGGUGUGUUUUGGCUUACCAAUCUUUCCAGACAUCCUGUUCUGGUAGAUGGAAGCCCUGUGCUGAAGGAUCAAAAAUACCAGCUUGCUGACAAGUCAAUAGUGUGUAUUUCGCAUCUCUCUCUCCGCUUUGAUGUGGAACAUGAACACAUAUUGAUGCUGUCAGGACUUGAAAACACCGUUGCUGUUGGUGGCCUGCCUUUUCUCCUCCCCACGGACAAGAAUCAAAACGAUGAAGAUGAUCAAGCCAUGGAUAGGGGAGUAUGA